AUGCGUGCUUUUCUCAUUCUAUGCCUUGUGGCCGCGGCCAGUGCCGGUCGUUUGUCCGGCUACAAUUACGCCCAAGGCUCUGGAGCCACCAUCUCUGGCGGUGGAGGAGGAGGAGGCGGAGUUAGCAGUGGUGGUGGCCUAGCCGGACCGGUCAGCUACAGUGCCGCUCCCCAGUCUCAGGUGCACAAGGAGUUCUACACCUUCUACGCCAAUGAUGCCGACUUCGAGGAUCACGAUGCCGUGCGCAAAGCCCUCGCCUCAGUGAAGAAGAGCGUUCGUGUGAUCUUCAUCAAGUCGCCGGAAAACCGUGGCUACGAAAACGCCGUCCUGGCCCUGGCCAAGCAGGCUGCCCAACAGCAGACCGCCAUCUAUGUGCUGCACAAGCAGACCGACAUCAACGAACUGGCCCAGAAGUUCAACGCCGUCCGCCAGAACGCCAACCAGAAGCCGGAGGUGCACUUCGUCAAGUACCGCACGCCAGAGGAUGCGGCCAAUGCCCAAAAGGCCAUUCAGUCUCAAUACGAUCAGCUGGGCGGCACCAGCCAGAACAUCAACGGAGGCGUGGCCAACGCCAUCAACUUUGCCUCCAAGGGACUGGCUCCUUUCCGUGCCGCUCACCAGCAGGCUCAGCCGCAGGCACCGCAAAGCGACUACUUGCCCGCCUCCAUCCUGAAGCGUCUGCGUCAUUAG